UUGGACAAACACCUGAAAAUCCAUGACACUUGUGGCGUCAAUAACUUACACGGCAUGCCGGGAAUUAUUGGGGGCAUUGUUGGAGGAAUCACUGCUGCGACUGCCAAAGCUGAAACUUAUGGAUAUGACGGGUUGUACAAUAUCUGGGGGGCCAUGGCACCAAAGGCUAACACAACUGAAUUCACAAGACUGACGAAMCUUGGAUACAAAGACCUCUCAGCUGGUGAUGGAUUUACUGCAACAAAGAUGGGCGGAUAUCAAGUAGCCGCCGUGUUUGUUACUCUCGGAAUUGCUUUGGUUGGUGGUGCCAUUACUGGUCUUAUUGUCAGGCUGAGCGUUUUCGAGCCCCCAGAAGAAAAGCAACUGUAUAGUGAUGAGGACUAUUGGGAGGUCCCUGACGAUAACGUGCGAGUAGUUAUUGAAAAGAACGAAGGAAUUGAAGUUCACAAAUUGUGAUUCGAGUGAAGGCAUUCAAAGAGAUUUCUUAUGGCCUUAGUUGGCAGAUAGUUGGAAUGGUAGAAUUGUAAUUACAAUUCUCUAAGUUACAAUUCUCUAGAAACAGAAUUAGAAAGGUUAAACUGUUAUAGUCAUCUUAGACAAUGUAGCAACGUACUGYAAAAGCACUGCAUGAUGUAAUUUUGUAUUCUGUUUUAAUUAGAUGAAAUAUCACUAAAUGCACGAACGAUUUAUCGCACGAUAUAUUUGAUCAUCAUCAUAAUAGUGAUUAUAGAAUUGUUAUUCGGAACACUAAAGCAGUUUUUUAUGCUUGAUAUAUUGUUCGUGUGGCUUUUUUGUUUGCUUAUAUAGGCUAAGAGUGAACAUUAAUAUAAGCAAUUCAAAUAAUCAGGGUUGCAAAACGUGAGGUAGCUUAAAUCUGCGUUUUUGCGCUGAACAAUAGACCUCUGAAGCUUUUACGUCAUGCUGAGUUUAGGAUAUGUUUCGGACAAAACAUGGUAGAACGACGUUCUCUCCCCGAUUUUUUGAGGGGUGAGAAACGGAUGUACACAGGCUAAAAACAUGGCGGAUUUCUUUUGUUUUCUCAGGAAACUGAUCCCACAAUGCAUUGCAAAUCAAGUGGUGACGUCAAAAGUCCAGAAAUCUAUUUAUGACUAGUUUAACGCUUAUAACGGUCUCUUCUCUACAUAGUAGACAAAAGGACUUGCACGGAACACUAGAUCAUCUACGUCAAACACAAUUAAUAGACGUACUUCAAAGAUGGUCAUGUUUGUCUUCAARUAUAUGUUACGGAAAGAGCACAAAGAGUAGAGAUUGUAGUUGUUAUUUGCAAGCAUGCACAGCUCCUAGAAACAAUAUCCUUUAUUUUCGUCUCUCAUACCACUGUACAAUCAACGCACGGUGCCAUAAAAAGAAAUAAUGUCGGAUUUUAAAGAGGGUUUUUGCAUGCAUGUAAAGAAACACACAAAAUGCACUCCUCUCUUCAUUGCAUCUCAAGCACGAAUAUUUUAGCGUCUUUAUUUAGGACGAUAAAAAGUUUGUUGCUCACUGAUGAAAGAUAAUUAAACCAGCAUACACUAU